AUGGAUGGCCCUGCCCGCCAUGACAGCAUCCCUCCGCCUGUCGACCACUCCGCCCCUACCCCUGAUGACCCGCCUAAUCCCGAUUCGAGUCAGCAUCAUACCCUGAAGUAUCAUCUUCUCGGUCCCUCCCUCACGAAACCUGGUCAGGAUGAUGUGGACCAGACGAAAGUUUCGGAAAUCAUCUAUGAAGCGUCCAAAGGCAGCAAAUUCUUUGUUCAAGAGGAGCAGAAGGACAAGAACUUGACCAUCAAGAUCAACCGUAUCCUCGCGAAGAAACGCCAGCUCGACCAACUUGACCUAAGCCACGACUUGCGCAAGGCAGACGAAUACGUACAGAAGCUCGAACUCAGUCGCGAUCUCACCCAGACCAUCGUCCAUGUCGAUUGUGAUGCUUUUUACGCCGCUGUCGAGGAGCUUGACCGCCCUGACCUGAAAGAUGUGCCGUUCGCUGUCGGAAAAGGCGUCUUGACAACUUGUAACUACCAUGCGAGAAAGCACGGCUGUCGCAGUGGUAUGGCUGGUUACAUCGCCGACAAGCUGUGUCCACAACUCAUCCAUAUUUCGCCAAACUUUGAAAAGUACUCGGCCAAAGCAAAAGAGAUUCGUGCUGUUUUGGUCAAAUACGACGCUCGAUUCGAGGCCGCAAGUGUUGACGAGGCAUACCUCAACAUAACUCGCUACUGCGAAGAACACAACAUGAGUCCUGAAGAUGUCGUACAACAGCUGCGUGCAGAAGUACAUCAAGAGUGUCUGAUCACCGUCUCGGCUGGCAUCGCGGCGAACGCGAAACUUGCGAAGAUUUGUUCGAACAAGAAUAAACCCAACGGCCAAUUUACAUUACCUUCAGAUCGUGCCAGUAUCAUGUCAUUCAUGAAAGACUUGCCCACACGUAAAGUGAACGGCAUUGGCAGAGUUUUUGAACGUGAGCUCGACGCUAUAGGUAUCAAAACAUGCGGCGACAUAUUUGCGCUGCGUGCCUACAUGUCCAAACUCUUCGGCGAGAAAGCUUUUCAAUUUCUUAUGGGCGUCUAUCUUGGACUCGGCAGAACGAAUGUUCAGCCGGCUGAGGAGUACGAGCGCAAGAGUGUUGGUACGGAAAGCACAUUCAAAGAGAUGUCAGAUCCUCAACAACUUCGAGACAUGCUCCGACACGUUGCGGAGGAGCUUGAAAAAGACUGCGAAAGGACCCAGUUCAAGGGCAGAACCCUGGUGCUCAAAGUGAAGUUGCACACUUACGAGAUUCUAACUCGCCAGGUUGCCCCACCAAAAGCUGUACACCAAGCGGAUGACCUCUACAAGUUCGCCUUGCCUAUGCUCGUAAAGCUGGAAAAGGAUAUACCUAAAUUUACUUUGCGCCUUAUGGGGUUGAGGCUCACAUCGCUGGUCAGUAUGAAGAAAAGUAACAUCGACACUUUCUUUGCACCAAAACCGCAAUCUGCAGCAAGAAAGCCAUUCACUCCUGCCGCUGAAGGCGAAUGGGAGCAAUGGCCUGACUCAGAAUUCGAAGAAGCCGCUCGCCAAGAGAAGCAAGAUGACUUGGAUACCCUGGAAAAAUUGAGUCAGGAGUACAUCGAGGAGUACAAUAAUACUCCGAAACCAUCAGCAGCCAGGCACACAGGUACAAUAAUAGAAAGUGUGCCUGCAGCUACUUCUGAGGAUACNAGAAAAGAAGAAAGAGACGAGAAAGAAGAAACAUGGAGCUGCCCUAUUUGUAGUCAGCCACAACCUGCUGACGCUGUGAUGUUCAACCAGCAUAUUGAUGGAUGCUUGUCAAAGCAGACAAUCAAAGAAAUUGUCCGCGAGAAUGCGUCGCCGUCUCAUUCACCGCAGGAGAAAGCUCCUACGCCUGGGCAGGGCAAGAAGAGAGGUCGACCAAAGGCACCGGACCCUCAGCCGAAGCGGCCCAAAAGCGCCUUCUUCUCUCGAUGA